AUGCCUGAUAACGAGCAGAAUCAAAAUGGGGACUCAUUCCAUGAGGAUAGACCUGUAGUUACAAAUCGUCCUUCUCACACCUCGGCUAUUCCCACAUCGAACCCCCCAUCCAGUCCUCCAUCGAUUCGUCAUGUUGAAUCGGAGACAAAUCAACUGUGGAGUCGCAUGUCUAUAAAAAUGUCGGUUGUGGAACAACAAAACUCAGGACUAAAUUCUGAAAUUGCUUCUGAAAACCAUGUGGAUUUAUAUCAUCAGGGAGAAGCGGAAGAAACAGAUUUAGAUGUUGCAUCUCGUGUACCAACAAACAUGUCAGCUCUUAGUGAGUUGGCAAUGAAAAGACCAGCUUGUUUCAGAUCGACUUUUCAUGAAGUGGUUUGUGUAUUUAUCCUUACAAUGGCACCAGUUCUGAGUAGCACAAAUAAUGGUGUGCUUUAUAUCGCGCUGCCUAGAAUCGGCAAGGAGUUUAGAGUGGCAGAUGGUACUUUAAGUUGGACCAUGUCGGCUUCCUCACUUGCUACUGGAGCAUUUUUAUUACUCAUGGGCCAGCUUGCUGACACAAUAGGCAGAAGACGAAUGGUUUUAUUCAGUUAUGCAUUUUAUACCCUUAUGUCUUUGGGAGCAGGUCUGUGCAAAAAUUAUAUCGGGUUUACCAUUCUUCGUGCUUUACAGGGUAUUGCUAGUGCUGCUGGAGUAACGGCAGCAGUCGGUAUUCUUGGAUCGGAAUAUCUUCCCGGCAAAAGAAGGAAUUUUGCUCUUGCUGCCUUUUCUAGUGGCGCUCCACUAGGCUUUGUGUUUGGUUUACUAGCAGGAGGAAUCAGUACUGAAAUCCUUAACUGGGAAUCUUCGUUAUAUUUCUUCGCUAUGGUAUACUUUGUUCUGACGAUAAUCGGGUUCUUCGUAAUUCCCAAAAGUGAUCCUCGUUUCGAUCGAAGGUUUUUGUAUGAAUCGCUUCAAAAGAUUGACUAUGUUGGUGCACUGCUGACUAUUUCAGGAUUCACUUUAUUUGUGUUUGCUCUGUCACAAUGGAGUUCCACUGCUCAUGGCUGGAAAACUCCAUACAUUCUAGUCUGUUUAUUCCUUGGAGCUCUUAUUAUUGCGCUUUUAUGCGUUUAUGAAGGAUACGUACCAGCACGACCACUUAUGCCCAUGCACAUCUGGAUAGCACCAGGAUUCGCUCUCUGUAUGGCUACCAUCAUCUGUGGGUGGAUCCUAUUCACAGGUGUAGUUUCAUAUUAUGCCACACUGUACUUUCAAAACAUUAGACAUACCAGUCCAAUUCUCACAACAGCAUGUUUCCUGCCUAUGGCCAUUGGCGGAAUCAUGGUCAAUGUUUUCGCCGGACUGGUACUCCACAAAAUCUCGGGCCGGAUUCUUCUAAUCGUGGCCAUGGCCUCAUUCACGAUAUCUGCAUUGCUUUGGUCUUUUGUUGGUGAACACACUCUCUACUGGGCUCUUCCAUUCCCCGGAUUAUUACUCGUAGUAGUCGGAGCUGAUCUAGCAUACAAUGUCUGUAACAUGCAUGCUCUUUCAACCGUCGACAAAUCACUACAAUCCACAGCCGCCGGGGUGUUUAAUACGUGUCUCCAGCUUGCCACAGCCCUCGGACUCGCAAUCAGCAGCUCAGUAGUGGCUGCUGUCGUCCCUGACCAGCUGAAUGCCACGCCCUCGGAAUUGCUCAAAGGCUACCGUGCGGGCUACUGGUUCGCCACAGGAGUCGGCGGACUCGGACUCAUCUUCUCUUUCUUCCUAAAAAUAGGCACCCAGGGCGGCCGCACCAAACGCAAGACCGUCUCUGAAAAGGACCCUGCUCCAUCCGACGUCUAA